AUGAAUCCUUGGCUCCCUCUCCUCCAACUCGUGCUGCUCACUGCCUUCUGCAGUGCUGCUCCAGCAGAAGCCUUGGCUUAUGUAGCUUACAAUGACAGCUCCCAGUGUGUUGCCUAUAAAGCCCUACCUGCAUGCUUUGGGCCACAGCUGCCAGCAGAAGAGCUGACAGGCUUCUUGAUGGAGGUGAGACCACCAAAUGCUUGCCAUGCCAUAGAGAAUGCUCCAGCACCAAGAAGAGCCUCUGAGCUCUCUGUUGCACUGAUAAAGGCAAAGGACUGCUCUUUUGUCCAGAAGGUGCUCCACGCCCAGCAGGCUGGGUACCAGAUCGCUGUGGUGCACAACGUGGGCUCAGAGCAGCUGACCACCAUGAAGGCUGAGGAUGAGGAGGCUCAGCAGCUGGUUAAGAUACCCUCACUCUUCACUGGGCACUCGGUCUCCCUGCACCUGCAGAGACUUUUGCAGUGCAAGAAAGGGGAAUACAUCAAACUUCUACCACCCAAACCUGGCUGGAGCCCUUGCAAAGGCAGUGCCAAAAGGCUGCAGCAAAUGCACAGCCUGCAGGACUUCUGGGUCAUAUUCUGCAGCAUGACUGCCACCAUCCCACUUCUGGUUGGCUUAAGGUGGUACAAGAGGGCUCACAAGACAAAGCUGCACACUUGCAGGCAGGGAGGCCAAUACAAGACCUGUGGGCUCUGUGUGGCAGAGUAUGAGGAUGGGACCACCCUGAAGAUCCUGUGCCCUUCCCACAGGCUCUGCGCUUUCUCCUGGCUGCACAGCCAGCUGGGGGAGAAGACAGGAGCCUUUGACAAGCCUCUGGGGCAUGCCUAUGUGCAAGGUGACCUUCUGCCAGAGCAUGAUGAAGAGGAGGAACAGGAGCUCAAAGACAAUGCAUUCAGAGAAGGGCAUGAAAAUGAAGCUGAAGAGAAGAAAGAUGUAAGCUCAGAGGGCACAGAGCUGCUCGAUGCACUGCAGAGCAGGGGCAUCUGA